AUGCCGGCGCGCCGGGGAGCCCCAGCGGUCACAGGCCGGCAUAGAGGAAGCCUGGUCCUCUGCCUCGGCCUCGAGCUGGGACUCCCGGUGGUGCUCGAGGGUGACACGGGCAUCAUCGACGGCCCUCCGCUCAUUGAGUCGGUGAAGUCUGAUGAUCCUAUUCACUCCACCUCGCUACCCCGAUCUCUCCCCGCACCUCAACCCCCGGCACUCGACCGGCCUGCUGCUCCGCCGGACGCAGGGGGGGGGGGGGGGGCGGCGCCGCGGGCGUACAAGGUGACAAUCGAGCACGGCGGCGGGUCGCGGGUGGUGGAGGUGGACGAGGACGAGACCAUCCUGUCCCGCGCGCUGGACGAGGGUCUGGACGUGCCGCACGACUGCAAGCUCGGCGUGUGCAUGACGUGCCCCGCGAGGCUGGUCUCCGGCGAGGUGGACCAGAGCGACGGCAUGCUCAGCGACGACGUCGUGGCGCAGGGGUACGCGCUGCUCUGCGCCGCGUACCCGCGCUCCGACUGCACCAUCCGCGUCAUCCCCGAGGACGAGCUGCUCCAGGUCCAGCUCGCCACCGCCGACGACUGA